AUGACGAUUGAAAACUGGUCAUCCAAGCGAACUCUCAAGGCACACGUUUCUCGAGCAUGCGUAAAGUAUCAAAUUGUCAACUGCAGAAAAGCGCAUCUAGCCUGUGACAACAAAAGACCCUGUCACAGAUGCCAGUCAAUAGGAAAAGAACAGAGCUGUAUCGAUGUGGAUCAUAAAAAGAGAGGAAGACCAAAGCUCAGGUCAAAUACUAGUCGUAACUCAAGUGAUCACACCCCAAAUGAGAUUGCAUGGAAAAGUUCAUCAUUCAAUAUGACAGCAUCCAUGGCAUCCAAUUACCCCCAGAGUUCCACCACUUUAAAGCCAACAGUUAUCACUAUGUUUCUUUCUAUGGAAGUAUGUUGUGCUAGAGUAUCAGAUGAGGUGCAGAGUAUUCUAGGUUAUUAUCCACAAGAGCUAUCCCAUAGAUCUCUCUAUGAAUUCUUAGCCUCGAGUGAUAGUACAAACACACUAGGACGUAUGCAUCGACUCUUGCUAGAUAAUGUAACAGCAGUUGCACAAAAAGUAGAUCCUCGGUACCAGCCCAAGAAUGUUUUACCAACCGAACGAACCACAUCCGACGUAUUCUUUAGUGUUAGUCCAGCAACUCUGUGUAUAGUCACCAACGGAUCCCAGACGUUUACAGGUACACUGGAGAUGAAACGAACUGAUGGAACUACAGAAUCAUUGCAAGUACAAUUAUAUCUUGGAGGAGGGCUUGGUGCAGAUCUAUACACUCCAUCAACAUUAUCAGGCCUGUACAUUGUGUGUCUUCUGACAAGGUUCACCGAAACGAGCACCAACUCAACGGACUCGCCACAGCAGACCAGCUUUGGAUUUGAUCUAAAUACAGACAUCUCACCUCCACCCCUUACAACAUGGCCUCGCCAAGAAGACACACACUCAAUCCACGGUUCUGUGACUCCUCAUACAACCACUGUACAUACACCUCUUUGUUCGGAAUACCGUUCUUAUUUGGAUAACCCUGAUAGAGCAGCCAGUGAAAACACCGAUGAAGGAAUAGAUGGUGACACACAAAAAGAAGAAGCACCUUCAGAGCUUUCACAGGCUUCACAGUGGGUUGCAAAGCUACCUUAUUUUAGCCCUAAACUUUCAUCCAAACCUUCGCCUCCUAGCCAUUCCUCAUCUCCCAGGCGUAUAGUAUUAAAUACAUCUACAAUUACGCUGCCAAUAAGUCCUGCAUCUUCAUUUGGCCAGCCUAGGACUAUAAGUGGCUUUCAACACCCUUUACUGUCAAAUGCAGCUAUACAUGUUGCCCCUAUCACAACAGCCCCGCGGACAACUAAGUUACAUUAUGAGCAGGGCGGACUCAAUUUCUUUAAGCCGUUUAUUGAACCUGUUCGCCUCACAUUGGGGCACCCUAGUACAGCAUCUACUCCCAGCACUGCUAAUACAGUAGAAACACCGAUUGCUGCAAAUAAUACGCGUACGGGACAGUUUAUUUUACGAGGGUUAGAGUCAACUUCACAUUCUCCCAUCAUGCUCUCCCACCCCUCUAUUUUUCCCACCCUUCACAAAUCAUCUUUCUCUAAUCUACCUGCACAAGUCAAUGAAAAUCGCCCAAGUAGUACAGCGAAUAGUUUCAUGAGUGUCGGUGCCCUUCUUUCAUAA